AGUCAUCAGCAAAGUGGUGCCAGCUCCAGAGGCCAAACCAUCUACUCCUGCUACUGUCUCGCCGGUCCUGAUCCCACCACCCUCUCCAGCUGUCUCGGCAGCAGGAGGCUCCAAAGCUCCGGUUAGGAGUGUGGUGACCGAGACUGUCAGUACUUACGUGAUCCGAGACGAGUGGGGUAACCAGAUCUGGAUCUGUCCUGGCUGUAACAAGCCAGAUGAUGGCAGUCCAAUGAUAGGUUGUGAUGACUGCGAUGAUUGGUAUCACUGGCCUUGCGUUGGGAUUACGACUGCACCCCCGGAAGAGAUACAAUGGUUCUGCUCCAAGUGUGCCAACAAAAAGAAGGAUAAAAAACACAAGAAGAGGAAGCACAGGGCACACUGAAGGCUUGGCAGCGGACUGAAGUCGUGCGGUCGCCGUGGCACCUUCCGCCCUGACUCCGCCGCAGGGGGGAUCCAGCCUGCUCGUGUCUCACCCGCCGUCACCGACUCUUAGGUUUAUGACUCUGGAGUGAAUCAGGGGCGAGGAGAUGCUCUGCGUUGGGGGCUGCUGUGUUUCGCAGACCAUCCGAGCCCAGGGGGUUGGAUUUUGGUACAUUCUGAUGCUGUCUUUCACCUACCGAGGGAAAUUUGCACAGAGUGAUAAUGAAGACUUCGGUAGUUCAUGGUACCGCUCCCGCUCCUGUGGCUCGGCAGCAACAAAGAUGAAUGUUGUAAAUACAGAUAUCUGUCCUAUUCUUUCUCGACUUGUUAUUAAUCCCUCUUGAACCUUUGCAGUAAGGUGCCGAGAGGAGGAGAAAAUGUAAAUUGCAGUAAGUUGUAAACUGAGGAGACCUUCUGGAAUGAUUUCUGUAGUCUGGAUGCAGUUCAGCCUCUACUCCUGCUGAGCCAGAUAAUCAUAAUGUGGAAAUAAAAAGCGGCUGGUAAAUAUUUUUGUGAUGAGAAUAUAUGAAGCUUUUUUCCUUGAUUUUUAGUACUAACAUAAAAUAAACACGUUCAAGCUUUUGUGAUA